AAGGAUAUGAUUCAGAUGCUAAAGUUUCUCUUACCAAAGUUGUAGAUGCUGAAGUUAUAGAUACCGAAUUGCAAUUAACAGAUAUUUCGGAUGAUACAAGUAUACCACCUUUUGUAAAAAAAAUAAAAGUAGUUGAUGAUAAAUCAGAUAUAACUAUUUCAGAUUAUCAAAAUGAUACAAAUAUACCACCUUUGUAA